UAACUUUUAGGCUGUAGUUCAUUUCACUUUAGUGUAAUUUUCCUCUGGAAUUUCAUCAUACAUUUCAGAAGGAGAAUGGUGUAUGGUAACAGCCACUCGCUCUUCGGAAAGAAGAGGCCAGAGGGAAGACCAGCAGAGGGUGUUUCACAACAUCUUGCCAAGAGCGCAUUUUCUCCAGCCAAAUAGAGAAUCAAGUGCUUUUUCACCCUAUGCUAAUGACUUCUGCUUGAACGGUAGAGAUGCCAAGAACAUUGCUGAGUCCCCCAAGAGCAGUCGUAAGCUGCACCCGCUGACACAGCCGGGCUUCUACAGUCCAAAAAUCCCCCGAUCAAAACACUUUGAAGCUGCACAGUCUGCAAAAAAAUCUUUGAAAGGAUCUUCUUCUACAAACAACUUGAAAGAGUUCUUUGCUCUAACGUUGCCUCUUCUGUGCUCCAGAACUGCUGUUCUAAAAACCAGCCCUUUGUGUUCCAAACCACAAAAAGUUACAACGUUUGUGGUGGAAAAGCCUCCUUUGAUGAGAGCUGUGGUUUCUCAAACUUCACCAACCUCAAGUCAACCCAACAAAGAGCACUUCAGCCAAAUCCAGCCAAUAGAGGACAGUCUCAUCAAGGACUGCAGUUUGUUCAGUCUGCAGGAACCCAAGAGCAAACCUCCUAGAUAUGACCAACCUGUCUGGAGUCAGAGCCAGAAUUUAUUCACUGAGGAUAUUUCUACCAAGGAUCAUCUUUCUAUUAACACAGUACAUCUGUUCCCUAAACACCAUUCUAGAGCAUACCAGCCUGCUGCGCUUUGUUCAAAACUGGAAAAGGCAAAUCAUGAGAGAUUUAGCUUGAGUGUUGACGCUGACAUUAAACAAUCUCAAGGUGACCCUGACUGGUCAUGUCAACUUCAAACCAGCCCAGCUAUACCUGACUGCAACCCAAAACAAAAGAAGACACAAUACACACAACAUAGAGAAACCGGUGAUGUUAGAAACACAGAGCACAACCAUGUAAAUAGUCAGGUGGAUGUGAACUCAAAGAAUGUGUUUGGUGAACCUCGGGUGAUCGCAUCACUGCGAGCAGCAUGUUCCCCGCGGCCUGUUCGUAAGAGCACCGUGGUGGAGGACUUGAAAAAACUCCUUGUGAUGGAUGACACAGAGGACAGCACUCAGGGUGAUUCAGCACCUCAACAAAAAGAGGCAGGGCUUUGCAAAGGUUUGCCAAUGUCAGGUUCAUGCACAAGUCCAUCAUUACUCAGUCAAAAUAAUCCAGUGUCUCCCUCACUCACACCCAUCCAUCUCCACCUGCAAACACGUCAAACAGGCAAGAGUUAUUCCUUUUAUGAAGCAUAA